UUCUCAGACACAAUGAGCGGCGGACGGACGCGGCAGGGAGCGGAGCGCCGUUAAACUUCCAGUCUUUUUGUUCGCCUCGCGGAGCCCCGUGGACGGAGGAGCCGUUCGGACGCGCGUUCGCCUCACCUUUGCUUCCGCUCGGGCUUAACUCGCUUCGCGAGUUCGAAUCGAAUCCGCUCUCGAGUCGAGUCGAGUCGAGGUGAGCCCACGCCGUCGUCCGACCGACGCUGCCGAGCGAGCGGCCGGCAGCGCGCACACCAUGUCCGCCUUCGCCUAUUCGGAUUACCUGGCGGCCGAGUGCCUCGUCUCCAUCUCCUCGGGCCCCGUCCUCCACCGGCCCACGCCGGUGGCCCCCGACUGCGACGCCGGCUCGAGCGAGGACCGGGAGGUGCGCGACACGCUGGGGCGCGAGGACCCGCGCAUGGCCGCCGUGGCGGGCGCGCUCACGGAGCUACGCGGCCGGUUCCGGCCCAUGUCGGCCUACUCGGAGAGCAGCGAGUCGUCGUCGUGCGGCGAGAGCGGCUACACCACGCUGUCGGACCCCGCCACGCCGACGGCCACCCCCACCGUGACCCCGGCCGCCACGCCGACCCCCCCCGCCGGCGCGCAGGGCCCCCAGGGACCGCCCUCUGCGGCGGGGGGGGCGCGCUCCCCCGUCAAGCGCCACCCGUGCACGUUCGACGGCUGCGACCGGGUCUACGGGAAGUCGUCGCACCUGAAGGCCCACAUCAGGACACACACCGGUGAGCGGCCUUUUCCCUGCACCUGGCCCCGCUGCGGGAAGAAGUUCGCACGCUCGGACGAGCUGGCGCGCCACACCCGCACGCACACGGGCGAGAAGCGCUUCCACUGCCCGCUGUGCGACAAGCGCUUCAUGCGCAGCGACCACCUGAUCAAGCACGCCCGCCGUCAUCCCACCUUCCGCCCCUCCAUGAUCAACCGCAAAAGCUCCGCCCCUGAGGGGGUGUAGCUUUUUGGGGCCCCGUUCCCCCAGACCCUCCUCCUUAAUCCGAUCGGACUCCGUAACCCGAACGUUUGGCCCCCGACACCCCGCCCUCAGGAGCAGCUUCGGGAGCGAUGCGGAAGCCACGUUCUUAGCGAAACUCGACGCGCGCAGCCUCGAACCCUGCCGCGUUGCAGUGAGCGGGCACCUCCGCACCGGACCUACCUGGCGUCACCGUGUUUUACCGGGGAGAACCUUGUAUUUGUGUCUGGCAUCGGGUUUGCGGGGGCCGUGGCCGCGCCCGACGGUCGCGUUGAGAACCACCUGCAGGUGCUGCGCAUUCCGCCGUGUCCAUUUUGUUCUGUUCCUCUUCUUACUGUUGCGACGGUAGAAACAAUGUUAGUGUUGCGCUGAAUCAUUUCUGUUUGUGGCGAGAGACGGCCGGGCUCCGCGUCCGGGUUCGAGGUGGCGUCGCGUGGCGUCUCCCGCUCGGUGCAGCCGCUCCUGCUGUUGGACUAAAACUAGCGAUGAGUUAUGG